UAAAUUUCCUUUAACGAGGGUUUCGUUUUAUGACAGUUCUCGUAAGUUGGCAGUAGUUGUGCAGGUUUUAGUGAAGCAGCGAUGGCCGACAAAAGUGGAAGUAACGACGAAGAAAAUCCAAAUUUACGGCGCCGCAGAGACUCGGAGGAAGACGACGGUGCUUAUGACGAUGGUGCCUCAAGCUCGACAGGUGCCCGCAGGCCAGAUCUUGGGCUAGGUCACGCUCAGAAACGGCGGGGGCGCGGCAGCAGGGACGACUCAACACCGGAAAUGCCUCGACGUGAGGACAGCAGCUCCCUCUCCUUCAAACACUUUCUUCAGGCGCCGAGCUCGUCAACAGGCGCGCGGCCGAAAGUGUAUGACAACCCUCGGAACAACUACGAGCAGAAUUCACCACCGUUCAACAGGCCUCCCGCGGCAUCCUCCGAGCUGGCGUCUGCCCUGCCGGAUUUUGUACAGGACCACCUCGUGAUGGAACAGUGCUACCUGCAGAACAACAUUGACAUUGACAACCUGCCCGACUUUGCCGCGAUGGCCCUGGGCCAGAGCAGGGGUCGGCUGCCGUUCGACCUGACGGCCAGGAACAGCGACGACGCCCCCCAGAAUGGUAGCCUACCCCUCGACCUGGCGCCCUCGGCCGCCAGCCGACCUGCCCGGGCGCGAAGUGACAAUGUGCCCUGUGAUCUUGGACUCGGAAAUAGCCUAGUACAACAAUUUUUCUUGCAGUCGCCGCUUGAUUUGAGAGGUGGCGAAAUGAAUCUCCAGGACAAUUCUGUCAACCAGUCAUUGCCAGAUUUUUUGUCCGACGCACCAAUUUUGAGUGGAAGAGAGACUGACGGCCCAGUUGCCAUGGUAGAAGACAAUGAUAGGAAUGGAAUGACUGAUAAUGAGAGAAUUCUCAGACGGCAACUAACAGAAUCAACGAGACGCGCUGAGCAGCUCGAGUCUGAGCUCCAGAGACAACAAGAAGUAAUUAGGCACAAAGAAGAAAUUCUCCGUAGAACUAAUAGUGAACUAGCUGCUUUAAGAAGAGAAAACGCAAGUCUUAGACAGGGUUUUGGGGGUGGUCAACCUGAUCACAGAACGCAAAGGUUGGCCCAGAAUUUGGUCACUGCUGCUACAAAUGCGGAAUCAUCUCUAAGAACCCUUCUGCAGGGAGUGGAAGACCUUCGCAUCCUUGCGUCAGCCCUGGACCAGGGUCCAUCGGGCCAGAUGCACUCACCCCCCAGACAAUCCCCCCACCACGACUUUGACCACGAGGACAGAGCAGGGCCUGCCCUCUAACUUCAGCUGCUAUGCACAGAAGCAAAUUAUUUUUUAGUAGCAAUUGUUUUAAUGUGAUUGUGUGAUAAUUAAAUGAUAAUGCAAUAGGACUUUUUGUAAGGAUUGGAAGUAUUUUGACAUUCCUUGUGAGAGUUUGAGUGAUGGACACUGAGCGAGCGAAGUGACUUAAGUGCGAGCGCUCUUUUAACUUUAAAAUGCUCUCCUUGCGAGAGGGAGCCCGGAUUGUGCCAAAUUGAAGUACAUACUUGAAAGGACUAAAUUAUUUUAUCUGCAUGUGUAAUGUGAAGUUUAUUAUUUUCAACUCUUGUUUCUCCACCAAUUACCAUGUAGCCUUCUACAUCAUAUUUAUAAGGGCAAUAUUAAACCAGAUAUACAUUUAAAUGCUGCUUGUGCAAACAAAUAAAAUUGUUCCACUGACUAUAUUUC